AUGGACGACAUUUUACAUACACAUACAGCAUCUACAGUGCUAGAUAGCGAUGUGAGUUGCUGUCACGAAAGCAGUAAGCGACGGAUUGCCAUUAUUGGAUAUUCUUGUCGUCUACCAGGCAAUGUAUCAUCGCCUACCGAGUUGUGGGAGCUUUGUACACGGAAGCGAAGCGGCUGGUCACCCAUUCCAAGGGAUCGUUUCGCGUCCGAUGCAUUCCACCACCCCAAUCCUUCUAGAGUUGGCUCAUUUAACCCCGCAGGUGGUUACUUUUUACAGGAUGACAUCUCUCGCUUCGAUGCGCCGUUCUUCAACAUAACCGCCCAGGAGGCGAUCUCCAUGGACCCCCAACAACGACUACUACUCGAAUGUUCAUAUGAAGCAAUUGAGAGUGCUGGAAUACCCAAGGAGUCUCUUGCCGGAAGAAAUGUCGGCGUGUUUGUCGGCGGUAACUUUGCUGAUUAUGAACUCCACAACGUGCGAGACGUCGAGACGAUUCCGAUGUACCAAGCGACAGGCUGCGCCCCGUCACUACAGUCAAAUAGAAUAUCUUACUAUUUUGAUUUUCGUGGCCCUAGCUUUACCGUUGACACCGCCUGUUCCUCCUCGUUGGUUGCUCUCCAUGCUGCCGUACAGAGUCUACGGAGUGGUGAGUCUACAGAGGCUUUGGUUGCCGGGUGCAGGCUGAAUAUUGUGCCAGACUUGUUUAUCUCUAUGUCAAUGUCACAACUUUUCAACGAUGAAGGGAAAACGUACGCGUUUGACAAUCGCGCAACAUCCGGAUUUGCACGAGGAGAAGGAGCAGGUGUAGUGCUCUUGAAGUCUCUUGAAGAUGCCAUAAGAGACCAGGACCCCAUACGAGCCGUCAUUGUAAAUUCAGGAGUGAGCCAGGACGGGCGGACCCAGGGAAUUACAUUGCCGAAUGGGCUUGCACAAGAAGAGCUCAUUCGCCGGGUCUACAGUGAAGCGCAUAUUGAUCCCGAGCAGUGCGGUUUCGUGGAGAUGCACGGCACGGGGACCAAAGUAGGAGAUCCCAUCGAGGCUACAGCUGUACAUGCAGCUCUUGGGAAUGGAAGGUCGCCCAGAAACCCUCUCUACAUCGGCUCGGUGAAGUCAAAUAUAGGUCAUCUGGAAGGAGCCAGUGGAGUAAUUUCCUUGAUCAAAGCCGCCAUGAUGCUGGAUCAUGGUCUUCUAUUGCCCAAUGCAGACUUUAAAAAGGCAAAUGACAAUAUUCCCCUGGACGAAUGGAACAUGAAGGUUGUAACGUCAACAAGACCCUGGCCGCGAGGCAAGCGAUUUAUCAGUGUCUCAAAUUAUGGUUUCGGUGGCACCAACGCCCAUGUUGUUCUUGAAAAAGCACCGUUGAAUUUGAAUUCGCCGGAUGCUUCCUCCAAUGGAACUAACAACAACGUGCACGACACAUAUGAUGACCCAAGACACAAGCUUAUAUUCAUAUCAGCGAAUGAUAAAGAAUCCUUGCGGCAAAGGAUCAAGGACUUCGGUAUAUAUUUUGAACAACGCCCUGAGGUAUUUGAAAAGUUAUUGUUUGGUAACUUUGCUUUCACCGUGGGGAGCAAGCUGUCCCAUCUAUCAUAUCGAGUCGCCCUCCCUGCUCGCUCACUAGAUGACUUGGGAAUUCGCUUGGCUCAGCUCAAGGUAAAUGCGUCCAAAGUUCUAAGCGAACCGAAGAUAGCUUAUGUCUUUACGGGCCAAGGAGCACAAUGGGCUCAGAUGGGAUGCGAUCUCAUGGAAAAAUACCCGGUCUUCGCUGCAGCAAUCCAGCAAGCGGAUGAAUGUUUACGGGAAUGGCACGCCGAAUGGUCGUUGAAGGAAGAAAUCCAGAAAGAUCCUGCAGCUUCCCAAAUUGACUCUCCCGAACUCAGCCAGCCAGCUUGCACGGCGAUUCAGAUUGCUCUGGUGACACUACUCGAAUCUUGGGGUAUGUAUCCAAGUUCUGUAGUUGGUCAUAGUUCUGGUGAGAUUGCAGCAUCUUUUGCUGCCGGCAUAUACGACCUGAAGUCAGCCAUGGCCCUCUCAUACCAUAGAGGUCAGAUGACUCGAAUCCUCAAGGAGACCUAUCCUUCCCUCCGAGGUGGUAUGAUAGCAGUCGGUGCCGGAAUCGACACCGUUCGUCCUGUCCUCAAAAUGCUCCGAACAGGGUAUGCAACAGUAGCUUGCGUGAAUAGUCCCACUAGUGUCACUGUUUCCGGAGAUCUUCCUGCAAUUGACGAACUUGAAGGUGUCCUUCAGAAGAAACAACUCUUCAAUAGACGCUUGAAGAUAGACGUUGCCUACCAUUCCGACCACAUGAAGAAAAUAUCCGAGGAUUAUCUGGCGUCUAUCGCAGAUAUACAACCGAGCCCUACUUUACGUGGACAUGUGGUCUUUGCCUCAUCAGUACUCGGUCGCAUAGCAUACGCAUCUACUCUCAAUUCGGCAUACUGGGUACAAAAUCUUACUUCACCCGUUUUAUUUCCUGAUGCCCUGGAGAAAAUAUGUAAGCACGAGGGUGAGCAUCCAAACCUACUCAUUGAAAUCGGUCCUCAUUCUGCCCUAAAGGGCCCGAUUGGCGAUACGUUGAAGCAUUUGGGGUUGGCAGGCCCCAAGGUCGCCUACGCUCCUACAAUUGUUCGGAAGGUAAACGCCGUGGAGUCAGUCCUGAAUGCUGCUGCUGCUGCCUAUGUCCGAGGCGCGAACUUGGAUCCGUACGAGAUCAAUUUUCCAUGUAGUGGAGCAAAGCAUCAUAGCUUUUUGACGGAUCUGCCUCGCUAUCCUUGGCAGCACACCACACGCUACUGGCAUGAACCGCGAAUUGUGAAGAAACACCAGAUACGGGACGGCCCAAGAAAUGAUAUCCUUGGUGUUAUGGCAAACUAUUCGAACGAUAUGGAGCCUACCUGGAGAAAUAUCGUUCGACUCGAUGAUAUCCCGUGGCUCAGAGACCACAAAAUGCAGGGCAUGGUGGUUUAUCCGCUGGCUGGAUAUUUGUCCAUGGCACUAGAGGCAGCAGCUCGCCGAGCUCAGCAGCGAAAUAGUACAUUUGCCGUAUUUGAAUUACGUGAGAUUGUUGUCGGGUCUGCGUUAGUCCUUAGUGAUGAUGUCGAUGUCGAGACAACUAUCUCAUUGCGCCCUUACGAUGAAGGCACUCGUGGUGUUUCAGAUCUCUGGGAUGAAUUUAAAAUUCAUUCAUGGAACUCUCAAAGAGGCUGGAUUCAGCACUGCCAUGGUCUCAUUGGAGUCCGGAACUCCCUCCAUUGCGAAACUUCCCAGAAUUUCGGAUCCCACACAACAACCAGAAGUUACAUACACAAUCAGCAGUCAAAAAUUUUCUCGUCUUCAACAAAUAUGAUCUCGACAGAUCAUCUUUACCAAUUCCUUACCGAGCUUGGAGCCGACUACGGACCGACAUUCAAGGGUUUAGAAAAUUGCUUUGCCGACUCCCAUCACAGUUAUGCCGAUCUUUACGUUCGAGAUACCGCAAGCCUUAUGCCCAAAGGCUUCCAAUCAUCCCUGAUUCUCCACCCUGCUUUUCUCGAUGGUCUGCUACACCUUGUUUGGCCCAUCCUUGGUCACGGCAGAAUGGAAUUAGAUACACUUUACAUGCCUACUCUCGUCAAGCAUGCGAUUAUUUGUCGCGAUAUACCUUCUACUUCGGGCCAGCAUGUGAAAGCUUUGGGGACUGGAAGUCCGAAUCUAUCUUCUCCUGAACCAACCCAAUUCGACCUCUUCGCAACGACCGAAGAAAACGCCGCAGAUCCGCUAAUUUCGUUGGAAGGUCUUGUGAUGACUCCCAUCCGUGACGCAGGCAUCGGUGCUGGUGACUAUCUUCGCAGACUGUGUUACAAGCUCGAGUGGCAGCCGUGGGUUAAGCCAAGUGAUCUCACCAAUGGGCAUGCUCAUCCUGAUAAGAUAUUCAACGGCGGAACAGAUUUACUGAGAAACGGAUACGCGUAUGUUGACGGUCAGAUUAAUUUAGAUGGCCUGAACGGAUUAACAGGGAGAUUGACUAAUGGUGUAAACGGCCGUCAUCACGUCAAUGGAUACGCUUCCACGGCCGAAGAAACUCAAGGUGUGUCUAUCGAACAGGCACUUCAAAAAAGACAUUGCCUCAUUGUACGGUUUACCCGACAUGUCGAAAUUGAACCCACUGUGUCUGAAUUUAUUAAAGAUCUGGGCCAAACGCCGUCUGAGACCUUCUUGGUGAGUGAUUUGGAAAACUCGCAAUGUAAUGAACGUCAAGUCAUUAUCCUUCAAUCACCCGAUGCUUCCUUGAGAGAAGUAACUGCAGCAGAAUUCGAUGCCAUUCGCAGUGUUCUUCUAAACGCAGCAAAAAUUCUGUGGGUCUAUCCAAAUAUUUCACCAGAUGCCCAGAUGACUGUCGGAAUGACAAGAAGUGUGCGAUCCGAGACCAUGGCCAAGAUUGUAACCCUAGGUCUUGAUAGAGAAGAUCUUAUAAUUGCUUCCAAUACGAUCUUAACGGUUAUGGAAGCCAUUUGGCCUAAUGGUCCUACUGAGCCUUGCAGAGAAUCUGAAUUCAGAUCAUCUGAUUCUCAGUUGUUUGUAUUGAGAGCUAUGGAAGACUUCUCAUCAAAUACAUUCGUCCACAAUGAAAAUAGCGAGAUGACCCUGUCCACACAACCUUUCACUCAAGCGGGAAGGCGCUUCAGACUGGCGAUUGCCCAGCCUGGAUCUCUUGAUACCAUCUACUUUGCCGACGAGAAUAUCAGCGAAUUGAAAGAUAAUUGCGUAGAGAUUGAAGUCCAAGCAACAGGUAUCAAUUUCAAGGAUGUGGUCGUGUCGAUGGGUCAACUCGACCAACCAUACAUUGGCGUUGAGUGCAGCGGUAUUAUCAGAUCCGUUGGCAAGAAUGUCACUGACAUAUUCCCCGGACAGCGGGUUAUGGCCAUACCAGAAGGAGCCUAUUCAACGUAUGCACGAUGCCCUAACACUAGUGUUGCUCCAAUACCGGAAACCAUGUCUAUCGAAGAGGCAGCUACUAUCCCUAUCAUCUUUUGCACUGCCUAUUAUGGUCUCUUCGAUGUAGGCCGUCUCUGCGCUGGCGAGCGUGUUUUGAUUCAUGCUGGCGCCGGAGGUGUUGGACAAGCCGCCAUUCAGUUGGCUCAAAUGGCCGGUGCUGAUAUUUACGUGACAGUUGGUAGUCAUGACAAAAAGACAUUUCUCAUGCAGCACUACAGCAUCCCGGAAAAUCGCAUUUUCUACAGUCGUGAUAACUCAUUUGGCCCGGCAAUUCGAAGGGCUACUGAUAACGAAGGCGUCGAUGUGGUCUUAAAUUCCCUCGCAGGAGACCUGUUACGGGAAAGCUGGGACUGCGUUGCGCCUUUUGGCCGGUUUAUUGAAAUUGGAAAGGCUGACAUAACCAAGAACAGUCGCUUGGAAAUGUUGAAGUUCGAAUACAACGUCACAUUUGCUUCCGUGGAUCUGACUAAAGUUGCGAAGUUCCGGCCCAAGUUAAUGAAGCGACUGCUGAAUGAUAUUUGUCGGCUUUUGGAAGAACGCACGAUCAAGCCAAUCUACCCAAUAUCAAAGUAUUCAAUCUCCGAAGUGGAGGUAGGCUUUAGGACUUUACAGACUGGUAGAAACAUAGGAAAAUCCGUUGUUGUUCCUAGUCCAGAUGACCAAGUUAAGGCCGUAUCACUCAAAACCAGUGACACUAUUUUACGUUCGGAUGCAACGUAUCUCAUCAUUGGUGGCACCGGUGGUUUGGGUAGGAGUAUGACGAAAUGGAUGUCUAACAAGGGAGCCAAGAACAUCGUCCUGAUCUCACGAUCUGGUUUCGUCACCGAUAAAUUAAAAACUCUUAUUCACGAGUUGGGAUUUCACGGAACCAAAAUCCUUGUCAAAGCUUGUGAUGUUAGCUCCAGGGCUGAUAUCGACAAGCUUUUAAUGGGAGAGCUUAUACAUUUCCCUCCUGUGCGUGGUGUCUUACAUGGGGCUAUGAUCCUUCGAGACACGUUAUUCGAAAAUAUGACGCUUGAGGAUUUCCGAGUCGUAUCAGCUUGUAAAGUGGAAGGUGCUUGGAAUCUGCACCACUGUCUCAAACAGUCACCUCUGGAUUUCUUCAUCGCCUUAUCAUCUGUCGCUGGGGUGGUUGGCAACCGAGGUCAAGCUGCAUACUCAGCAGCUAAUGUUUUUCUUGACGGAUUCAUGGAAUAUCGACGAUCCCAGGGUCUUCCUGGAAGAUCUAUUGACCUUGCCGCCAUCACAGAGGUGGGCUACUUAGCCGAUAGUGACCCAUCGCGGCAACAAGAAGUGGUGAAAAACAUCGGAGGUGCUACAGUCAACGAGUCAGAAGUCCUAGCACUUUUGGCGUUGGCUAUAACUAGCGACUUGAACAAAUCGAGCCAAUGCCAAUUCAUCACCGGUUUAGAAGUAACAGAUUCUUUGGACAAUUUCUGGCUUCAUGACUCUAAAUUCUCCUUCAUCCGCGAGGCAGCCGAGUCAGUAUUGAGCGAAUCGCAGAAAGAUGGGAAGGAAAUGUCACUGCGCGUGGCGGUUCAGUCUACCUCUAGUAGGGAGGACGCCAUUCAUAUUUGCUACGAAGCCCUUGUUACGAAGUUAGCAACGGUCCUGAGUAUGAAUCCCGAGGAUAUGGAUACCUCGACUCGGGUUUCGUCGUUGGGUCUUGACUCCCUGGUAGCUAUCGAAAUCCGCAACUGGAUUGCCCGUGAAGCCCACGCAAAUGUGCAGGUUCUUGAGCUGUUGUCCAGCGAAUCAUUGAUCAAACUUGGGGGGUUGAUUCUAACAAAAUCCAAGCUUCCUCUACGUUUUUAA